AUGAGCUUCGAUAACCCCUCCUCCUUCGCGCAGUGGCAUUCCUCAAUUGCUUCGUCUUCUGAUAAACAGCCUCCACUUAGACCGCCCAAGCCAGCCCAAUUCCCUUGGGGACAAAAUCCUUCCACUUCGAGCACCCGGCGUGGACUUACACCCCUUGCGACCUCCAACUUGACCCCGACUUCAGCAGCAGGGACACGAAGAGAACAGACCAUCUCUGAACCCGACCUCUACCACUCAUCAAUUUCACCAUCCUUGGGCAAUUUUCCUCCUCUCGUUGCCAGUUCAACAACUCGCCUUGGAUCACGCCGAGGGACUCCACCAGGGUCAUCUCACCCCAACUCGAUCGUCACCACGUUUCAAGCUGGCGUUCAUCAGGUGCAAGCGUACCCAUCUCGCUCUGUCACAUCCCCCCGAUCAAGGACAAUUACCCCUUCUCAGUCGUCAGCCACAGGCGUUGCGGGCCCAUAUUCCCAACCAGGCCUGGGGGCCGGAGGUGGAGGAGUUCACAAUAGGAGUGGUGCAUAUUCUCCGUCUUUGACCGGAACCGGUAUCAGUUCUCCUACCGGUUUAAGCUUCGAGAGCUCUCCCAGUAUAUCAUCGAACGUCAGUUCUGCCACGACCGGUCCAUCCUCCCUCUCGAAGAUCUCGGCGACGCAAAUUCUCCUCCUCCUCGAUACGAUCAGUGAAAGAGAGGGAAAAGCAAAGUGGGACAGCAAGGCGGAAAAGAUCAAAAGACUACUUGAUUCAAACGGCAUGGAGGUCUUUGCACAGUUCUUCCGUCGCACAGUCAUAUUGAAUGCGGCCGCCAUCUUUUCGGGGGCCAAGGAUUUUGAUCAGGGGAGCUACAAGCUGUUACGGCAAGAACUGGACGCGGUUCUUUGGGACCCCGAGCAGGCAUACAAGAUAUCCGAGACGAUUGACACAUCAAAGGAGGAUCUGUUUCGUGACUUUGAUUUGGUGACCUUUAUCCAACAUUUCUACGUCGACACGUUCCCCCAGGUCAUCUUGGCCAUCGCCUUUACGAAAUGUGCGAGAGUCGACCUGAGAACCAAGGCGGAGAAUUUUCUGUCCGAGUUUGGCCAGACCUCUCUCCGGACACUCUCGGACAGCCGCGGUAAUUCCCAGCCAUUCGCCGCCGAGAAUGUUUGCUCCGUCAUUGAAUAUUACGCCCUGGCCGCAUCCACGAAAACGCAGCAACAGAAAAUCGAUCUCUGGACCGCCCUCUCCACGCGUUAUGCCAAUGUCAACCCUGAACAGUUCGCCGCCGUUGCGACGUCGUCUCAGCUUCUACGUAUCACCAGCGAAGCCCGAGAGAUGGCAAGAGAGCUACAACGACAUGGUCCUAGAUCUACGGCGUCCAAACAGGCGGUCCAAGACUUUUUGGCAUCUUUGAACCCGGCGACCAUCAUCGAAGCCGAAGUAACCAAUGCCUUACUCUUCCUGGCGCUUUCUGCCAGUCGGCAGUAUGACAUGACCAAUUUUGUCACGGCUCUACCAGGCGAACAGCUAGACUGGAACUUGGUCAUCCGAGGAUUUGAUAUCCCCGCGCUCCGGUUACGGCGAGACUAUUUUCCAAGGCUUUUCAAUGCACUACGAGAGGUGGCGCUGGAAGACCCGCAGUUUGAUCUUCAAAAACUCUGGGGAGGGCGAUGGCAGAACCCAGAACCCCAACUUGCUUUUCUCAGCGGAUAUCUUGCCACCUCCGAUCCUCACCCUUCAAAGAUCCCCGGUCUUCGACCAAGCUUGUCGAUUGACGAUUUCGGCGAUCCACCUCCCGAAAUGAAGAGUCUUCUCGAGGCGGAACUUGAUGGUCCUUUCGCGUCCGCCGAUGCGUGCCAGGCCAUUUUUGAAGUGGUACUCGGACCAGGCAUAGUUCCGGAGGCAGAAGAUCGAGUAGACAUCUUAAACCAUGUCUACCAACACCAUGCGGCCUUCUUCCUGUUGUUCUUGUCCCGCAUCAGCGCCAAACCGUGGGUUGCCGAGCAGGAAAAGUUUAUUGCGGAAUGCUUCAGCCUAUUCCUCGAGAAGCAGCGGCCCGAUUAUCGCUCCGUUCUGGAAACACUUGCGUCACACAACGCCCAGUUCCUCUUCGAUCUCUGUCAUCUCGUCUUUCAGCUCGACCCCCGGCAGACAGAGGUCAUUUAUGAGCGAGCUGAUGAAUUUGGCUGGACCGAAGACUUUCUCAAACACUGGUCCAAUCCUCUUGCGCUUGAUAUAGCCUGCAUACGGGACAAAGUCCAACCGGGAUUUGACCUCGACCGAUAUAUCUCAGAGGCCAGUGAUGGUCAGUCAAACCUCGGCAUGAUACUGUGCAAAUAUCUUCGAAUCAAGGCGGAUGAUGAAUUCCGCGUCCAGCGCGGAGAAUCUCUCCCGCAAUCUAUUCCCCUCAGUCUACGGACCGUGCAUACUCUCCUCGAAAAACUAGAGGAUCACCUCGAUAAUCGUGAACUGGUCGAGGCGGCUCAGACAACAUGCCUGCAAACUUAUCCACGACUAAUGAAUUACGGAGCCGGAUUCGACGAUAUUCUGGAAAAGAGCAGCGAGGAGAAAGGCAAUAAACUUCCCGAAGUUAUCGACAAACAGAUGUCCGAACUUUUCGGACGUAUGUACCGGUCGGAGCUCUCCAUCCGUGACAUGGUGAAUGAGAUGCGGAAAUACAAAACUUCAAAAGACCCUGAUCAGCAGGAUCUCUUCUGCUGCAUUGUCCAUGGUUUGUUCGACGAAUAUGUCUGCUACAACGAAUAUCCGGAAGAUGCUCUGGAGAAAACCGCACUCCUUUUCGGGAGUAUCAUCAAGUACAAACUGUUGCCCUCGAUCCCGCGAGACUUUGGCCUCGCCCUUAUUCUUCGAGCUGUCCGUGAUCACGAACCGGACAGUCUCAUGCACCGUUUUGGCAUUGAGGCAUUACUCCAGAUCAGCGACCAACUAUCCGAAUGGCCCGGACUUUGCAGCCUGCUGUUGCAGGAACCCUCCCUCCAACAUCCUGAAAUCCUGCAACGAGCCGAAGAAGGACUUCGUGCACAACAAGCGGCCGGCAACGGGCUCGGUACGAAUGGUGUUGGAAAUGCCGUGGCCGCCAACGGCGACGAAGUUAUAAAAGCCGACACCGGUCGUGGAUUCCGAGCUCUUCGCGCAGACCCUCCUCCAGCGAACGCUCAUUUUAGAGACCCUGAUCAGAAAGUCCAGGAGAAGAUCCUCUUCGUUAUCAAUAAUCUUUCGAAGGACAACAUGACGAGCAAAUUGGCCGAUUUGAAGGACUCACUCACACCUGAGCAUUAUCAGUGGUUUGCCUCGUACCUGGUGGAACAACGAGCUAGGCUCGAGCCCAACAACCAGGGGAUGUACUUCCAAUUCGUCAGUAUGUUCAACGACAAUCUUCUCAUGUCGGAAAUCAUACGCGAAACGUUUGUCGGCAUCGUCAAGAUGAUGAAUGCGGAAUCGACCAUUAAUUCUGCCACCGAGAGGAGUCAUCUCAAGAAUCUUGGUGGCUGGCUCGGGUCUCUCACUCUCGCACAGGAUAGGCCGAUCAAACAUAAGAACAUCUACUUUGUCGACUUACUUGUGGAGGGAUAUGAGACUCAGCGCCUCAUCCUGGUGAUCCCGUUUACAUGCAAAGUUCUCGCUCAGGGCGCUCAUUCCAUGGUGUUCAUGCCACCGAAUCCAUGGCUCAUGGAGAUCGUCCAGGUGUUGGUUGAACUGUACCAUUUCGCCGAGCUCAAGCUAAAUCUAAAGUUUGAGAUCGAGGUCCUAUGCAAAGACUUGAAGCUUGACUUCAAGAAGCUCGAACCCGCCACGGUCAUCCGAGAUCGCCCUCAAACUGACGACGACAUGACCAAUGUCUCGGCUCUACCAGACGGACUGGAAACUUUCGAUGAGAUGUCUUUGAAUGGGGCGAUCAAUCGCGGUGUCCGUGAACGUCUCUCGGCUGUUGAGAUUAUGGCCACGCUACCAAACCUCGAAGAUGUCCUGAAAUACCCUCCAACAUCGGGCUCCCCACAAGACCAAGCAAUCGUCAAGAGCAUCAUCUAUCGUGCUUUUGAUCAAGCAAUUCAGGAGAUCAUUGCUCCCGUGGUGGAACGGUCCAUCACGAUUGCCUCAAUCUCCACCGCACAAUUGAUUGCCAAAGACUAUGCUUUUGAGCCAGAUCCCGAGAAGUAUCGCACCGCCGCUAGACAGAUGGUCAAGUCUUUGGCCGGCAGUCUAGCGCUAGUGACGUGCAAAGAGCCACUUCGAAUGAGCAUCUCCAAUUACAUCCGCCGCCCUGCUCAGGACGACUUGCCAGAACAUCUCCUGCCUGAAGGAGCCAUUUUGAUGUGCGUCAAUGACAAUCUAGACACGGCCUGUUCAUUCGUUGAGCAAGCUGCUGAGCAACGUGCUGUUCCAGAAAUCGAUGGGGUCAUCGAGGGCGAACUCGAAGAGCGUCGUCGCUUCAUCGCUGAAGGAGGAAAUCGAGACUUCAUCCCAUCCGGGGUCAACCGCUGGUCCGCUUGGAUCCCCGAACCAUACAAACAAACCAUCGGUGGUCUCAAUGAUGCACAGCGCGCGGUCUACGAGGAAUUCGAUCGUCGUGUCCACGGCAUGAAUGCCAAUCAUGUGCCCAAUGCAUCAAACGAUUCCACCGGACGCCAGAUUCCCGAUAUCCUACAAGAUCCUCUGACCAUGCCCAAUCUUUCCACUCCGGCGGACCAGCCCGCUCUUCCACACCAAAGCCCUCUUGUUCAACAGGAGAAUCGUAUGCUCUCGGCCAUGCACCCACCUCGCGUGAAUGGAUUUCCCGAGACACUUCCGCCUCAUGAGCGGAUUUCCAUUCUCAUCGAAGAUGUCCAGAAAGCCGCACGAGCAUCUGAAGCCACUCGUCUCAAAGAUCUGGAAAAGAACAGCUCGAUAUUCCAAGACUUCCGACAGAUUCUUAUCGUCCUUACGUCUUCAACUCGUCCGGCAGCGGAUCUCUUGGCCCGACAAAUCGCGGAGAAGAUCUGCAACAUUUUCAUCUCAAAGCCUCCACAAGGACCACUCGAGGCGGAGAUUCUGGCUUUUUUGCUGUCAAAACUUUGCCAGCUGUCCGAACUUAUCAUCCGAGAUGUUUUGAGAUGGAUGACAGCAAAUGAAGACUUGUUGUUGGCCAGCUCCAACGUGGUGGUUGCGCUCGUCACCGUAGGAUUGAUGGAAUUUGCCAGGAUUGACGUCGCUAUCGCGUCCAUUCUCAUGAGCCGGAAUACACAUGGCCUCCAAGUGCUUGCCGAAAUCCUGGAUCAAACCCUGUUCACGGACGAACCAACGGCACUCCGGGCCGACUUUGCUAACAGUCUGAUUGCCACGUCGACGUGGCUGAAGGAGAAGCCCGAUCUCCCUCUGGCUGCAGAGAUCAACCAGAAACUCAGAGCGCAUGGCAUGCCCCAGUUCGUCAGCGUGGAGGUUACAGACAAGGCCAAAGUGAAGCAAGACCAAAUGCGUUACGUCUUUGAUGAAUGGGUGGGCAUCUUCGAAAACAUCGGUCCUAAUGAAGGCACUUGCGCCGCAUUCCUCAAGGAAUUGCAUCAGGAGCAAGCGAUCAACAGUACCGAGGAUCUUACGGAGUUCCUGCGACUCUGCAUUGAUGCAUGCAUCGACUGCUACGACCGGGAGGCACAGAGCGUGCGUGGCAGUGUUGACGUUGCUUUCUCCCAUGCAGAUGCACUUGCUCGUCUGGUCAUCAUGCUGGUCAAAUUCCAAGGUGAUACCAACGGCGCCGUCCGACUCAGCAAGGCACCAUAUCUGGAGACCAUUUUGACAGUACUCGUUCUCAUCCUAAAUCACCACCAAGUCAUGCGAGGUGUUGCAUUCCAUCAGAGACUCUUCAACCGACUCUUUGCUAACAUGCUCUAUGAGUAUUCUGCUGCACGGCUGGACGACACUCCCGAUCAUACAGAGUUGAUGCUUGCUUUCGCCAAAUGUUUCAAAUCACUCCAGCCUUCAUGGUUCCCAAGCUUUACGUACGGUUGGUACAGCCUUAUCGUCCAUCGGGUCUUCGUUACCGGAAUGCUCAGACCAAGCAACCAUACCGGAUGGGACACGUAUCGAGAGCUCAUCGGACUACUCCUCCUCUACAUUUCAGAGUUGUCCAAGACGCCAGGCCUUGAUCUGCUCAACCUUGAUCUGUACAAAGGCACCUUGAGAAAUAUCCUGGUCUUGCUUCAUGACUUUCCCGAAUUCCUCUGCGAAAAUCAUUCCUAUUUCUGUUCCCGGAUUUCAUAUGGCAUCCCGCAGUUGAGGAAUUUGGUUCUCACAGCGAAGCCAUCAGCAUAUCAUGAUCUUCCAGAUCCAAUGACACCGGGUUUGAAGAUUGAACGCCUGGACGAGAUGAAGCGAAAUCCCGUUCUGGCUCGCGGUUUCGAUGCGCCCCUUCAACGUGACCAGCUUAGAGAUGUCGUGACGGAGGUCAUGCGCAAGACCAUCGAUAUCGAAACUGCCUUCAAGCAGAUCAAGCCGAUCUUACAAGACGAACGAGGUCGAGCUUCGGCGAUGGCUCCCGCCAAGAGUGUGGAGAUGAUAAACGCCCUGGCACCAUUCAUAGGACAGGACGCGCUCAACAGGUCUCCAGGGAGAUUUGAUCCCAACUCAGUGCAUGUGGUCUUUCUCCACAAGCUUGCUGGCAGUCUUGGAUACGAAGGUCGUUACCAACUCCUCAAUGCCAUCGCAGACCAGAUUCGCUACCCUAACGCCCACACUGAUUUCUUCUGCAAACUGAUGCUUCACUUUUGGGGAUCUGGGAACGUGGGUGAGCAGCAAAUGGAGCUUCGAGAACAAAUCUCCCGUAUCGUAUAUGAACGGCUGACGGUUGCUCGACCACAUGUUUGGGGAAUGACCAUUCUUUUCCUAGAACUUCAGCAGAAUGGCACCUAUGGAUUUUGGGAAACUGUCGCUCCCGACUCCAACAUGCAGCAACGCCUCCAACAGGCCAUGCGGCCGGCUCAUUAG